AUGAGUGACUCUUCCGAGAAAGAUGCAGCAAUCAAGCUGUUGUACCUUCUUUCAGUGACUAAGUCGGAUAUCAAAUUCCCGGACCAUUAUGUCCAGGAGCUAAAGACUGUCAAUCAGUCUGCACACAGUUACCAGCUAUCACCAUAUGACUAUCCUGCACAGAAAAGACCUGAUAAUACCCAAUCUGGCAGGUCGAUCAACUUGACGGUGAAGUCUAUCAGACCCCCCAGAUUCACAGCAACUGUUUCAGCCAGCUCCAAGGAUUUGGUGUAUAACGUGAAGAAACAGCUAGUUCAGAGCGUACCAGAGCUUAAAGAUAUCCACGAGUCUCAAUUGAAGCUUAUGUUGAAGACCAAGGUGUUGCCAGACACAACCACAUUAGGAAGCCAUGUACCAGACGGAGAAGACGCUUUGAGUCUCAUGGUGAUGGUGGGCAAACUCGAGGCUGGCGCUGAAAAUUCCAGUCUUGUUGCAGCGGAAGCAGUGACGCCGAACCCAGAAAAAGCCUCGAAAGCGUUGUCUGCGGAAGCCAUGGACGUUGACCUGAAAAUCUCUGAGACGGCUUGGUCCAAGGUGUAUGCUAUUCUUGAGGGCGAGAUUAGCGACAAGUCCAGACUGGAUGCAUAUUUUGAGAAGAUUAAAAGUUUGGCGAUUUGA